CGACGUAAUAAACAUCUUUCUCUAGCAUUCUAACUAACCUGUAAAAAACAAGGCGUUAGGUGGUAUCAAAAAACAUAGAUGUAAACGCCAGAAGUAUAUUUAAACUGUGGUUAUCAUAUUCAAGCGAUGAACUCGACUAUGUGGAACAAAAAAAAAGUGUGUUUGAUGAUAGUAUUAUCGUGUACUGUCAUUAAAUGUCAGGGGUUGCACGAUAACUUUGAUCUAGUUGCAGCAGCAGUUGGUCUCGAUAAAGAAUAUGAGGAUCCUCAUUCAUUUUACAAAAAACCCCGGGAGGACGAAUCGUACAGUUUUGUCCAACAAAUAAGCCAUUACAUUGGCGAGGAUCAAAAUAGCAGAGAUCAUUGCGGUCCUUGUGAAGAAGAACUUCGCUUGUGCAAAAUUAACAUUCGCAAUAGACCUUUACAAACUGAUAUUGCGGAUGAACUGCUCUCCAGACGAUUUGUCAACACAAUUUUAUCCAGAGCAAAGCUUGUACAAGAUGGAGAAAUGUUCAGCGGCCACUUGAAUAUGGAACUCACAGUUGCAGAGCUCCAAGAUUUGAGGGAAUUCGGAGAAGGAAAGUUGACUCUAAGACAACUUGAUCCCAUACUCAACAAUAUCAUAAAAGCUCCAGCCAAUGAUCCAGUCUUUGAAACAUUCAAAUUCAUGGUGGAUUUAGCCUCAGUGCUUUAUUCCAUAUGUUUAUCAGUAUUUUUUUUUGGAAUGGAAAAUACAGAGGUCACUACUUGUAUCUUAGCAACUUUAUAUGUAAUACUUCUUUUAAGAGAGAAAAGAUACAGUCUGUUCAAGCUCUUAACUUUUGGCACUGUUGUUAUAUUCAUUUUGAGUUUCUUCAUAACCUGGUGGAAACUUGUACAGAAUGCAACAAUAAAUCAUUCAAUGUUGCAAAUGAAAUACUUGGAGAUGCCCGAACACUGUCGAUCAGAUGCUUCAUUGUGGAGCAGUUUUUGGUCUUUCUUUCGCUCCUCGGAAGAUUGUAAGAAUUAUAUCGCAGCGAGGACAAAGAAUCCAUUCCUUGAUGUAACUCCAGCACAGGCACUGUCACAUAUGCUGUCGCACGUUAUUUUCGAGCCUAUCACAGUUAUGGGCAAAGCUAUUUCUGCGUUUCUUCAAAGUCUUACCGCUAACAUGUCACCGUUCCUUGGUGGAAUUGUGCAAAUCGCAAUCUGCGUGUCGUGUCUGCCAGUAUUGGUAAUUACUGUGAUUUUAUUGGCUGGGGGGUCGCUGACACUCGGAGGAUUCGGUCCUCUUUCUUUCCUCAGCUUGAGCGGGGCAAAAAAAACGGAGAGUGAACGACGUAGAGCCAUCGAUAGUAAGAACGAACGACAGCCGGUAGAAAUCUUAUUAAAAAUACAAGCCACCAAACCAGCGGUAGAGAAUUCGUCCAUUGCAGCACCAGGCCGAUCAGAGAUGCUGAGUUUAGAGAAUAAACAUAAUAAACUCAAAAAAAAAGGCAAAAUCACCGCUUCCGCAUCAGAACCGAUAACGAACGAAACUGUCGGUAAUGCCGAUGAUACGUCGAGCGUUGAUAACUCAGAAUCUGAAUGUGAAGGUCAAUCAAUCAAUGUGAAACUGUGUAAAAGUGGCGUUAGUGAUGUUAAAGAAUCCCAAGAAAUCGGAAGUGGCGAUCACGCGUAAACAAAAUUUGUUACCACUUCUACACGCGUUUACCUCGAGUGAUUGAAUAAUUUACUUCAUUAUUUCAUACGUGUAUAUAUGUUAGUAUAUUAACAAUUUUUUUUCUACCUAUUUUACAGCAAUGUAAUUGAUACGUGAUAAUAAUGCUAAUGGAAUUUUUACUCGUCUGGAAGAUAACUUCCCAUUUCGUAUCAAUUUUUGAUUACAGAGAGAACUUUGCUCUGUGUUAUUGAGUUCGCGAUUUUGUUUAAGUUUUCGUUAAAAAUGACAUUACGCUUAAAGCUUUCACCAAGAAGAGAGACUGAUGUUAAAAAGUGUCCGACGGUUCUUCAAAACUUCAUAUUUAUAAUAUAUUUUCAUCAUCUCACAGAAAUGAGAUUAUAGAAAUCUUCAUUUUUCCCAGAUUAACUGUGAAUGUAUUUUGCAAGUGUUUGCAGAAAAUGCAUUUAGUUUUGUGAUCAUUUUGUUUAUUUAAUCACAUAAUAUUUAUGGGUACCUGUCAAUUUCAUUUUAUUCAUCUACCACCAAUUCGAAAAAAAAUAUCCUUUCACUGUUUUGAAAAGUCUCGAAUUAUUAAUGUGCACCCCGAUUAUGAAUUAUAUAAAAUAAGUAUGCCAAUGGAUUUAUUAAUACUUAUAAUAAUUUAUUCGCAAAUAAAAUUUUACUGCUUCUUCUGAAAAGGCAGACAAACUUUCAUUUUUAUCAUCUCUCAAAACUGAAAAGAAUAAAUUUUCAUUUGCAUUGUUAGAUUGAAAAAAAACGUUGUCUUUUGAAGAAUUUUAUCAAGUUAAUGAAAUAGUUUUAAAAAAUUUCAGUUGAAAUUUCAACUGUCACGAGUGAAAUGAAGACUGCGAGUUCACGAGCCGAGUUUUCGAGGGUACAACAGUUUUUUGUUCAUUCUUCGCUAUUGUUCAGCGGUAAUCGAACCCGUGUAAAAGUUAUGAUUGCAGCAUUGUAAGCGUGCACCGUUUUGAGGGGUACGUGCUACAGCUUCAAUAGCGAACAACCACAAUAUUUUGUAUACUAUACCGGAACGAUCAAAGCGUACGGAAGAAUCUUUUUAGAGUCAUCAGUCCGUUAACAUCUUUUCAUAUGGACGGUAUAUUAUGUACAAUGAAAUAUCAAAAUGCUACGUUGAAUUGUAGUAUGGAUGAUCUGAAGAUGGAAUAAAAAAAAUGCGCAUGUUCACAA